CAAGCUCAAAAAGCGAGAAAAGCCGACUAAACCCGUUUGUGCGGCGCCCGGGCUCCGGUCCCCUGCACUGAUCUGUCCCAACUAGAAAGUCCAGUUCCACCGACACGGGCGACAGCAUGACACAAGACUACGACAAUAAACGGCCUGUGUUGGUGCUCCAGAAUGAGUCCCUUUAUCAGCAGAGACGUUCCUACACCAGCGAGGAUGAGGCCUGGAAGUCUUUCCUGGAAAAUCCCUUGACGGCAGCCACCAAAGCUAUGAUGAGUAUCAACGGAGAUGAAGAUAGUGCUGCCGCACUGGGGCUUCUCUACGACUACUAUAAGGUUCCCAGAGAAAGGAGACAUUCCUCUACCAAACAAGAUCACGAACAUACAGAGGCAGAGCACAAUAAAAGGAAUGGUCUCCAUCAAGUGAACGAUUCCCCCUUGAUUUGCAGUGGUGAAAACAGAGUUCAAGUCCUGAAAACCAACGUGCCUUUUAACAUAUUACUUCCUGUGACCAAUCACAUGGACAAAAAAGGUCAUCUGGCAGCUCCAGAUACCACUGCCACCGUCUCCAUUACUUCAAUGCCAACUCACGCCAUCAAAACAGAAUCCCACGGCCAUGGCUUUACAGUAGGCAUUCCACCAAAUGUCUACCAUUCUGAGGCUGUAGAACGCAUUGUGUCUUUUGAUCGUAAUGUCCAUUCUGACCACUACAAUUCCAGCAGCCAUGCUCCCAACUCUCAGAGGAGGACUCCCGACUCCACUUUCUCUGAGACAUUCAAAGAUGUUCCGGAGGUAUUCUAUCCAAGUGAGCUUAACAUACGCAUGAGUAGCAUAAGCUCUGAAGACUAUGUUUUUGAUCCUGUUGCUGGGAAUAAUUUUGAAUACACGCUUGAAGCCUCAAAAUCUCUUCGACCAAAGCCAGGAGACAGCACUAUGACCUAUCUGAACAAGGGUCAGUUUUAUCCCAUCACGUUGAAAGAAAUUGGCAGUAAUAAAGGGAUCCAUCAUCCGAUUAGCAAAGUUCGGAGCGUCAUCAUGGUUGUGUUUGCUGAUGAUAAAAGCCGCGAAGACCAGCUUCGCCACUGGAAGUAUUGGCAUUCUAGACAGCACACUGCGAAACAGAGAUGCAUCGAUAUAGCCGACUACAAAGAAAGCUUCAACACAAUCAGCAACAUUGAGGAGAUCGCCUACAACGCCAUCUCCUUCACCUGGGACCUGAACGAUGAAGGCAAGGUCUUUAUAUCUGUGAACUGUCUUAGCACUGAUUUCUCCUCUCAGAAAGGGGUGAAGGGGCUCCCUCUGAAUAUUCAAAUCGACACCUACAGCUACAAUAAUAGAAGUAACAAGCCAAUUCACAGGGGCUAUUGCCAAAUUAAAGUCUUCUGUGAUAAGGGUGCUGAACGGAAAAUCAGAGACGAGGAGCGUAAGCAGAGCAAGAGAAAAGGCAAGUGCACUGAGCCCACCUCCCAGAUGAAUUUUACUGACGUGAAAGGGGCUCUGCUCCCAUCCCACAAAAGGACGGACCUCACGGUGUUCAAACCCAUGCAAGACAUGGACACCCAGCCUGUCCUGUUCAUCCCGGAUGUACACUUUGCCAAUCUCCAGCGCACCACUCAUGUUCUCCCGCUGUCUGCAGAUGAAAUGGAAGGUGAAAGCUCUGGGAUGAAGAGAGUACCUUUCUCAUCUGAAGAAGACUUCUCGGCACCACCUGCCAAGAUAACAAGGGUGGACGAGCCAAAGAGAGUGCUGUUGUAUGUGAGGACAGAAGCUGAAGAAGUCUUUGAUGCCCUUAUGCUGAAGUCUCCAUCUCUAAAAGGGUUGAUGGAAGCGAUCUCAGAAAAAUAUGAAAUUCAAUUUGAGAAAAUUGGGAAAAUCUUCAAGAAAUGUAAAAAGGGAAUUUUGGUCAACAUGGAUGACAACAUAAUCCAGCAUUAUUCAAAUGAAGACACAUUCCAGCUUCAGAUAGAAGAGUCUGGAGGAUCAUACAAGCUGACUCUUACAGAAAUCUAACCUUUCACCCAUUGCCCUUAGACUGGACAUGAAGGCCUAAUGUUCAUCUCCAUAACGGGUCAGCUUCCUUGUAGGAAACUAGACU